CAGCUUCCGGGUCAGAGGAGACGGGCCGCGACAUGGGAAAGAUGGCGGCGGCCGUGGGCUCUAUGGCGACGCUGGCAGCAGAACCUGGAGAAGACGCCUUUCGGAAGCUUUUCCGCUUCUACCGGCAGAGCCGCCCUGGGACUGCUGACCUGGGAGGGGUCAUCGACUUCUCGGCAGCCCACGUAGCCCGCGGCACGGGGCCUGGUGCCCACAAGGUAGUCAAAUCUCAGCUAAGUGUGUCCUCAGUCAGUGACCAUGAUGCAUACAGAGCAGGACUUCAGCCGGUCAGCAAGUGGCAGGCCUACGGACUCCAAGGCUAUCCAGGAUUUAUUUUCAUCCCAAACCCCUUCCUCCCAGGUUACCAGUGGCACUGGGUGAAGCAGUGCCUUAAAUUAUAUUCCCAGAAACCUAAUGUAUGUAACCUGGACAAACAUAUGACUAAAGAAGAGACCCAAGAUUUGUGGGAACAGAGCAAAGAAUUUCUAAGGUAUAAAGAAGUGAAUAAACGGAGACCCCGAAGUUUACUAGAAAAACUGCGCUGGGUGACCCUAGGCUACCAUUAUAACUGGGACAGUAAGAAAUACUCAGCAGAUCAUUAUACACCUUUCCCUUCUGACCUGGCUUUCCUCUCAGAGCAAGUAGCCGCUGCCUGUGGAUUUCAGGGUUUCCAAGCUGAAGCAGGUAUCCUGAAUUACUACCGAUUAGACUCCACACUGGGAAUCCAUGUAGACAAAUCUGAACUAGAUCACUCCAAACCCCUGCUGUCAUUCAGCUUUGGACAGUCUGCCAUCUUUCUCCUGGGAGGCCUCAAAAGAGAUGAAGCUCCCACCGCCAUGUUUAUGCACAGUGGUGACAUCAUGGUAAUGUCAGGUUUCAGCCGCUUAUUGAACCAUGCAGUCCCCAGGGUCCUUCCCAGUCCCAAAGGGGGAAGCCUUCCUUGCUGCCUAGAGACACCUCUCCCAGCUGACCUCCCCAGAGACUCAGUAGUAGAGCCCUGUUCUAUGGAGGACUGGCAGGUGUGUGCCAGCUACUUGAAAACUGCUCGUGUUAACAUGACUGUCCGGCAGGUUCUGGCCGUGGGUCAGGACUUCCCUUUGGAACCCGUGGAGGAGAAUAAAAGAGACAUCACCACGGAAGGUUUCUGCCACCUGGAUGAUGGGAAUAGCCAAGUAAAACGAGCUAGGUUAAACCCUGACUGCUGAGACGUGGACAGCCCACACUUUUACUCAGGCAGGUCCUACAGUAAAUGACCACGCUGUUUUUUUAUUGCCAUAGACUAGCACUGAGACACGCCAGAAACAGGGAAAAACUCAUCACUGAUCACACUGUUGCCUUGGAACCUAUCCCGAAGAGAAAACUGAUGAACCACUUUGUUCAGAGAAGCGUGUGACACGUCCAGUCCUGGUUAGGUUUUGGCACUAAUGUGUGUAGGAAGUCCAAGGAGUUAUGACCUUCCACAGUAGCCUUCUCAGCCUCUGCCAUUACCUCUGAGGGAGGUAGAAGGGAGGUUCCAUGUCUGUGGAGUCUAAAUACCUCAGGUUUUAUUCAUGGGAAACGUCAUACCCCUCCCACUACCCCAUUCUGUGGUAAAAUUGUGGUUCUAUGAACCAACCAUCAGUCUUAAUUCUUCCAUUCAACAUCAAACUCUUUGAUCUUCUCUGGCCUUCACAGAAGAAUCCUAUAUGCAUUAAGACAGUGGAACUAGAAGGCACAUCCCCUAGAAAAGAAAUUAGUCACAGCUAUCUCUCUUGCCUAAAAGGAAUAUGUAUAAACCUAAGGAAAGGGGAGCAGUCAUUUCUCCAGAUGUCUCUUAGGUCUCUAAACUCUUCCCGUUGGCUUUUAAAUACAGUUUUAAUUGUUGGACUGAAAAAGUCUCAAGGGUAUUCUGUAACUGUUUUUUCCGUGAAUAAACUUACUCACUUUUAAGUUAAAGAUCAGUAUCUGUGUUUGAGGGUAAGUGUAUCUGGGAUUAGUUUUUUUCCUAUUUUCACUUGCUGUAUUGUUCAUGCACUUAAAGCUGUUUCUGCCCUAAGUAUUCUUUGUGGCUGUCUCACAGGAGAGAAUAUUCCUUGAUAUUCCAGUUACUCCUGUCUUUUUUGAUUGUAGACAGCUUGGAAAAUGUAUGAAGCCACUGAGUUUUAAUCUAUGUACCCCCACCAACUCAACUCAGUAUACCCUGAGCUAAGUUAGCUUACAUUUCUCUGAGCCUCAGUUUCCUCAUUCACAGAAUGAUAAUAUUUAUUGGCAUCUUCCUAGAGGGAUAUUGACAUUUCAGACUGUAAUGGGAAUUUAGUGCUCCUUUCCAGAAACAUGAUGUGCCAAUAUUUUACUACAAUGUGGACUCUUAGAAACAUCCCAGCUUAAUUAUUUGUGUGGAUACUGGCCAGAAGCUGCUUUGAUACCCACUGCUUAUGACAUGACUUGCCAGAUUUAAAUUUCUGUCUUGCCUUUUUUUUUCUUAUGAGCAUUGAAUAUUGAGUUUAUAUUAGAAUCCUUGAUAGGUUUUUUCUUAAGGAAUAAAAAUUAAUAAAUCCAUCCCUUAUUGUAACUGGGUUCUAAAAUUAGUACAUGAUAGGAUUAAUUUUAUAUAAUUAAAAUUAGCGCUGGGAGUUCUCUGGUGGCUCAGUGGGUUCAGGACCUGACAUUGUCACUGCUAUGGCUCUGGUUCAGUCUCUGGCCCAGAAAUUUCCCCAUGCCACAGGUGCAGCCAAGAUAAAUAAAAUUGCCACUGGAAAAAUCCCUUAAAUUUUCCACAAGGUACAUUUUAUGAACAUUGUGUACAUUAUCUGUGACUCACUAAAACCAGCCUAGGUCAUUUAGUAAAUCCAGCAAUCAGUUUAUUCUUUAGCAUUAGAACAGAUUGCACUUUAGUCAGUUGAUUAUCAGAUAAAGGUAUCGGCUUGUGUCUAGGGGCAAUGUUUUACAAAACAAUAGCAUUCAAACUGUAAAUCCACAUUCCACGAAGCGAGAGAUAUAUAUGUUGUGAGAAGCAUGUGGAAACUGAGGCAGCCAAGAGAAGAGCAGAUUCCUGUCCCGACCCAGGCUUCCUCUAAGGGAUGUGCUCAUGAGCUCACGGGGGUGGGGGAGGAGGAUUUUGAGCAGAAUUGUUUACACAAUCCAGCUCCCUCAUUUUUGUGUAUAUUAUUUCUGGGAGGCACACAUACAGUGGAAGAUGUAUAUAAUGCAACUCUGACAGAAAUUAUGCAACUCAGGAAAAGGAAAACUUGGCAAUUCUUAAUCAUUUAAAUAAGGAUGAUUUUCCCCUCACCACAAGUUUUAGUCGUCUACCAGAUGUUUUCUAAGUCAGGGGUCAGCAAACUGUGACCUAUCUCCUGUUUGUUUGUUUGCUUGUUUUUACUGCCUGUGGACUAAGAAGAGUUUUUAUAUUUCGAAAUGGUUUGAAGUGGGUGGAAGGAAUCAAAAGAAUAUUAGUGACUCAAGAAAUUGAAAUUUCUAUGUCUGUAAAUAAGGUUUUAUUGGAACACAGACAGACUAGUUCAUUUCUGGGUUGUCUUUGGUUGCUUUCAUGCUAAAAUGACAGAGAUGAAUAAUUGCAACAGAGACUUCGUAGCCUACAGAGUCGAAAAGAUAUUAUGGGCCUUUACAGCAAACAUUUGUCAACACCUAGGAAGGAAACCAGACCCCCUAGAAAGAAACGAGAAGCCACGAGAAAGGACCAAGAGGAAGGCUUUGUUUUCUUUAUUAUUUUAUAUCAAAAGUGCCAGGGUGGGGGUUCCCAUCGUGGCUCAGUGAUAACAAAUCUGACUAGCAUCCAUGAGGAAGCGGGUUGGAUCCCUGGCCUUUUAGUGGGUUAAGGAUCCAUCAUUGCCAUAGCUGUGGCAUAGGUUGCAGACACGGCUUGGAUCCAGCAUUGCCGUGACUAUGGUGUAGGCCAGCAGCUGCAGCUCCAGUUCAACACCUAGCCUGGGAUCUUCCAUAUGCCAUGGGUGCGGCCCUAAAAAGGAAAAAAAAAAAAAUGCCAGGGUAGAUACUCAGCGUGAUCUAGAAUAUAUGUAGUAUCAAGAAUGGAGUCACAAAUGUUAGGUCUGAGGAAACUGGCAGGCUAAUACUCUAGUGGGAAUGCAACUUGCUAUAACUGCUAAGGGCUGAGUUUCAGUUUGGCAUCACGUAAUGUAAUUUGACAUCCCAGUUUUGCCUGGGCAGUCCUGGCUGAUGUUCCCUCGUCCUCUCCAAAGGGUUCUGGCUUGAUAAUAAAUGAUAGAGUCGUCCUAAUAAUGUUCUGGAAUGUGUACCAUUUGACCUAAUAAAUUUCACUUUUACUUGGGUCUAAGGAAGUAAGUAGAGCUCUCCAUAAGAUUUUUCUGUAAGAAUGUAAUAGUGAAAGUUUGAAAUAAGCUCAAUAGCCAGCAACAAAGAGUUGGUUGAUUAAAUUCAUGUAUGGGAGUUCCCGUCGUGGCAUAGUGGUUAACGAAUCUGACUAGGAACCAUGAGGUUGCAGAUUCGAUCACUGGCCUUGUUCAGUGGGUUAAGGAUCCAGCAUUGCCAUGAGCUGUGGUGUAGGUCGCAGACACAGCUCAGAUCCCAAGUUGCUGUGGCCUGGCAUAGGCCGGCAUCUACAGCUCUGAUUAGACCCCCAGCCUGGAAACCUCCAUAUGCCGUGGGAGCGUCCCUAGAAAAGGCAAAAAGACAAAAAAAAUAAAAUUCAUGUAUAUAUUCAGUAAAUGGUUAUUGAGCACUGUUCCGUACGAGGCACUGUUCUUGGAUUGUACAAAGUACCUGCCUUUGUGGCACAUAUCCUAAUGGGUAUGAUAUAACCAUAUAGUAGAAAGCCAUAGCCAUUAAAAGUCAUGUUUUGGAAGAAGAAGUAGAGAUAUGAGAAAAUGCUUGUAUUUAAUGAGAAUAUCCAGUUAUGGAGCCAUGCAUAGUAAUUCUGUAUAGAGUGUUUGCAUCUUAAAAAAAAAACUGGAA